AUGGCGAAUCCAACCGCAACAGACGCCGAGGACGGCAACGCCUACUAUGGCUACCUCUUCACCACAGCGAAGCCGAUUCCCACUCCGACCCCUAUUCUCGAUGCGUUUUUGAGGGCGCUCUCACUACAUAUCGUAAUCAAGGAGAUCGGUGACAAGAAUGAUAGGUACUUGACGCCAAAGAAGCUAGCAGCCUUCUACAAGGCUGCCGGUUACAAUUUUGACUUCCUCUUUGUCGAUAUGGACAACCCCUUCAUAUCCGAUGUUUUCCAGGGUCUCGGCUGUCAACACUGGCUCUUGCCAACAGAAGACGACUACGCUCCCCCAUCGAUUCCAGCUUUGACAACGAAGGGCUUUGUGCGGUGGCAGGCAAUCCAGACACUGCUUGAGCCACAGGAACAAGUCCCAGUCCUCCAAUAUGCGGCCAAGCACUGGGGCCUGAAGCACCCUGACACUGCCUUCCAGUUCCCUGCCGACUUGCCCAAGGAAGCGCUGCCCCAGGAUACAGACAUCGACACUGAUCGGUGGUAUCAGGAGUGCAAGGCUAAGCAUAUCCAGGAAGCAGCUGCAGAGGAGCCCAAGGAGAAGCCCAAGGAGAAGCCCAAGGAGAAGCCAAGAGAGGAGCCGAAGCCAACUUAUGCAGAGCGCAGGAUCCCCUCAUACAAUGUUCACCACGUCCCGCCGACACCACAGCCAGGGACACCUCGCGACUACUUUGGCUCUCGUCCAGUCAAGGUGACAUAUGUGAAUGUAGCACCAGGGCCAUCAAGAUCACCAGAACGAGAGCGAGAGCGGGCCAGAGAACAGGCUGCCAGGGAGCGGGAGCACUACCUUCAUCGCCAGUCUUCCUCCGAUGAACCAUCACGCCGAAGGAGCUUCUCCGAUUAUCCGCACUCACCUAUGGAGGGCCGCCCAUCAGUUAGGAUACCUCACCUCGGCCCUGAUCGCAGCCCGCAACCGCGUCGUCACAGCCAGCCCAGACAAUACAGCACAUCGGAGUCGGACGAACCCCCGAUUAGUCCCCGAACACCAAGACGGACUCAGCGCCCUUCCAACGAGCCCCCGAUUCCCGGUGUUCGCCGCGUUUAUACCGGCAGCUCCGAGGAGUUGCCCCGUAUCAUCCGCACAAGCAUGCCUCCACCUCCCAUUCCAACAUCGCACCCACAUGCCCACCCCGGCGUAAGAACCCACUCACCACGACCAUCGCCAGGUGACAGUGGUAGGACAACACCAAGAGGGGACGACGAGCACAGGCGGAAAAGCACUCUGUAUGACCUCAAAGACAAGCUCACUAGCUUUAUGACGGGCAUGCCACCGGCCAGCGAGCGGCAACGAAGCCUGAGCGGGUCACGAGGAAGAAAGGAAGGCCCAGUACCAGUGGUGGUAACUGCCUCUAGGGGUAGCAGAGAUGGAGAUCUUCCCAGUUCGAGGCUGAACCGGUCGUGGUCUCACGACGAGACGGACUCUACUGAUUCAGAGGACGAGCGCAUCCGAAGAAGCAGGAAACAGUCAAGCCGGGAGCGCGAGAGGGAGCGCCAAAGAGCUGCCGAAGCUGCCUUUGACAGAGAACGGGAGCGAGAACGGGAAAGAGACAGAGAGCGAGACAGAGAGAGGGAUAGAGCACGUGAGCGGGAGAGGGACAGGGAGCGAGACAAGCGUCCAACACGAGAGUCAGACCGCGAAAGAGAGGCAAGACGACACAGCGACCGUGAACGAGACAGCGACGAGAGGAGACACAGCGACCGAGCCAGCGACCGCGGAAGAGACCGCGGUCCCCCAGCCCCAGCCGCAGCAGCCGCUUCCCUCCACCGCAACGGCGGCCACCGCGUUAUCGAGGUCGAAUCCGACGACGACAUUUCUUCUGUCCGGGGCUACACCCGCAACAACGGCGGCCCUUACCUCUCCCGUCCGGACAACCACCGCCGCACAAGCAGCCACGCCGACAUCGACCGCCGUCGGGACCUCGACCGCGAAGUCCGCGACCGUGACCACCUCCGAGAUCGGGAGAGGGACCAACGACUUAGCGACCGGGAACGAGAUCGUCGAGAACGAGAGCGAGAAAGAGAACGAGACCGCUACCAUGACGAUCGGGAGCGCUGGCGAAGGGACGAGCGGUUGUCUUCCCCGCGGGCCACACCCCGUGAACCCCCACGGAUGGAACGCUCCCCUCGCCGGUCCCGCGAUCGUGACAGAGACCGUGAGAGAGAAAGACCGCACCCCAACGAGGGCAGAGAGCGAAUGCCUAGUCCUGCCGGGGCGGGAGUAACUGGUACGAAUAACCCUGACUACCACAGCCUAGACCCCAACUCCUCCUCCUCCUGGUUCCUCCCCUUGAUGCUGCUCCUCAACAUGAUCCCCCGGCAUGCUCUCAUGGAAUAA